AUGUCCUCUGCUCAUGAUGCCACCACCAAGAUCUCCAUUGACAAGUUCGACGGCGACAACUACGCGACGUGGAGCCGCUACAUGCGUGGCGUGUUCCUGACCAAGUCGGCGUGGCACGUGGUGAACCGGGAGACGUCGCCAACCUUCGCCGAUCCUCGCGCCAGUGACGACUACGUCAAGACGAACAACAUUGCGUCCGGCUUGAUGCUGCUGCACAUGAGCGCGGAUUCUCAUCACGUGGUUGAUGACUGUGAAGAGGCGUGGGUCGCGUGGGCGCGUUUGAAGACGCUGUACGGCGGGUCGCAGAAGGCUGGACGCAUCUACUUGAAGCGCCAGCUGUUCAGCAUGGAGAUGGUGGAAGGCGGCAAUGUGAUGCAUCAUUGCAACGAAGUCCUCAACAUCAGCGCGAAGCUCAGCAGCAUCGGCGCCAAGAUGGAGGACGAGGACGUGGCGAUCUGCUUGUUGCGCAGCCUCCCCAAGAGCUACGAGAACGUCGUUCUCAACUUGGAGAUGAGCAGCGCGGAACUGCGAUCGCGAGACGUCGUGAGAGUGCUCACGAAUGAGCACAUCAAGAGGCAAGGUGACAAGACGACAUCGGUGAAGACUGAAGAUACGGCGAAGGCGUUCAGUACCGAGCGUGAACCUCGCCAGUGUACAUACUGCGGUAAAUUGGGGCACACGGCAGAGCGGUGCUGGACCAAGCAGAAGGACGAAAAUCAAGGUGGAGCUCGACGCGGCGGCAACAAUGCUCGUGGAGGCGGAGCCAACAACGUUCAGUGGCGAACCAACAACAACAACAACGACGACAACUACGAUCGAGUUGCGUUCGCGGUUUCGCUGGAGGCUGGACUUUCGACGGGCAAGAAUAUGCCAGGGAUGUGGGCAGUCGACAGCGGUGCGACGCAUCACAUCUGCAACGACAAAGCCAAGUUUGCAAGCCUGAAUGAGCGAGAGGAAGGCGAACUAUCAGUGGCUGAUAGAAGGCUGCGAUCAAGGGACGCACUGUUCGUACCAAGUAUGAGCAAGAAUCUGUUAUCGGUGCCGCAGAUUUACAAGGGUGGCAAGUUUCAAGUCGUGUUCGAUGGAUCCAAGAUGCAAGUGAAGCGCAAGAAUUCCACACAAGUCGUGGCAACAGCGGAUCUCGUCGAUGGACUUUACUGGAUGCGGACUCCUCAACGAUCGGCAAAUGCAGCAGCACGCAAUGGGACCAUCGACUUGCAUGCGCGCAUGGGUCAUGCACCCCUCGAAGUUCUGCGCAAGAUGGUGGCCACCGGCAUGAUCAAGGACGCAAAGGCACCUCUCAACUCGACUGGUCCAAGUGUGUGUCGCGGUUGCCAGCAAGGAAAGAUGGUCCAAAAACCAUUCCCAAACCAACCGUGA